GUUCCAGAAAGCGCACUUUAGUAGGACAUCGAGCAACUCGGGCAGCAUCCCGUAUCUUGAAGCAUGGGGCAGGCGGCAUCGACGCCAGCCGCGCCGGCGCAGGCAGCGACCAAGGCAGAGCCACCAGCUGACAUGGGUGCGCCCAUCGAGGACAUGUCCUUGUCGAGCGCGAUCUUGUUUGCGCGCAAAUUCACGCAGCGCCAUCCGCUCUUUGCGUGGCGCCCAGACGAGCACGUCCUGCGCCGCAUCGGGUCGCGGGCGCUCAAGCACUCGUUCCUUGUCGACUGUACCGACCUCUCGGGCGCCGCCAAUGCGAGCGUGCUUCUGUCGCUCGUGCCCACGCAGGCGAGUCUCUUGUGCCACCAAUCUUCCGGGCUCACGACGUACAAGCUCAAGUCGCUCCUUGUCGCGCUCAAGCACCCGUACCUUCUGCCGACCCUCGACGUGCAUUACGCCAACGAGAAAGGGUCGUCUGUUGAGGUCAUGCAGCGCCCGGGCAUUCUGGUCGCACAGCCGUUUGUGUCGACGGGAAGCCUCAAGGAUCUCUUGUUCCAGCGCGCCGAUCCGCGUAAAGCGUACGACGAAAAGUACGCGCCGCAGCACACGGGCGCCGGGCUGCCACGGCCGCAAGUUGCGCGCUACGGCCGACAGAUUCUGCUUGGCCUCGAUGCGCUGCGGCAAAAAGGCAUUCUCUGCGAGCACUUGAAGCUCUCCAAUAUUAUCCUUGACAAUGGCGUCGCACGCAUUGCCGACAUCUACAACACCGUGCUGGGCCUCGAGCGCGACGCGACGUGGCGGGCGUGGACCGUGCCGCUCGAAGGCGCCGUCGAUGUCGAUUUGCUCCUCUUUGGCCACUGCCUCUAUGAGAUGGCGUGCGGCCAAGAGCUUGCGGCUGUCGUGCCAGCAGAAGGCGACUUGGUCGAGCUCCCGAUCGAGACUGCCGAUGUGCUUCGAGUCAUUUUUUACGGCGGUGGCCCCGAGGUAUCGGCAGAGACGUUGCUGCAAUUGCCGCUGUUUGCUUUGAUUGGCCCCAACGACACGCCGUUGCCGCCGCUCCGCUUGGACAGCCACAUGAAGACCCUUCUAAAAGCCAGCAUGCGCAUCAACCAGGCGCGGCGCCAUGCGUAUCGAGUCCAGUACGAAGAUACGAUUGCGCUCGAAGAGGCUCGGCGGAGUGCGGAAGCCAGCCACGACGAGAAGCGCAAGGGCCAUCAGCAGCGCACGCGAGCGCUGGUCGCAAGCAAGUCGAUGCGUCGAUCGCGGUACCGCGCCAGCAGCGUGUCCAUCAAGUACGCCCGCACAAGCUUUGACGAUGGCAACGAAGCAUCGUCGGUUGCUCCGUAACAAAGUGCUCAAGUGUCGUGAUGAUGUUGC